AUGGGUGACGGGAUGCGCUGCGGCUGUGCUAUGUCCAAAGUCUGGGUCUUCGUCUUGCUAGUGAGCGUCACCUGCCGUCUGAGCCUUUCCCAGACUCCAGCAGUAACCACUACAGAACCCCUAAAAGAGGCGGAGCUAAAUGACAACAUCACCAUCUUUACCCGAAUACUGGACAGACUGCUGGACGGCUAUGACAACAGGCUACGUCCUGGUCUGGGAGAGAAGGUGACCGAGAUCAAGACCAACAUAUUUGUGACCAGCUUCGGUCCCGUUUCUGAUACUGAAAUGGAGUACACCAUAGAUGUGUUCUUCAGACAGAGCUGGAAGGACGAACGUCUGCGUUUCCAAGGCCCCAUGAAGAUGUUACCGUUAAACAACCUCUUGGCGUCUAACAUUUGGACCCCAGACACCUUCUUCCUCAACGGGAAGAAAUCUAUCGCCCACAACAUGACCACGCCCAACAAACUUCUCCGACUCAAAGACGACGGGACGCUGCUCUACACUAUGAGGUUAACCAUCUCAGCAGAAUGCCCCAUGCAGUUAGAGGACUUCCCCAUGGAUGCCCACGCCUGUCCUCUUAAGUUUGGAAGCUAUGCGUAUCCUGUGUCUGAGGUGGUGUAUUCGUGGACCCAGGGAGCAGCCAAGUCAGUGGUGGUGGCAGAGGAGGGGUCACGACUCAACCAGUAUCAUCUGAUAGGACAGACCGCUGGCACUGAGGACAUCUAUACUAGCAGAGGUCAGUACACAGUGAUGAUGUGUCACUUCUAUCUGAAGAGGAAGAUCGGCUAUUUCGUCAUCCAGACCUACAUGCCCUGCUUCAUGACCGUCAUCCUCUCCCAGGUGUCCUUCUGGCUGAACCGCGAGUCUGUCCCCGCCAGGACUGUCUUCGGUGUGACCACCGUGCUGACCAUGACCACUCUUAGCAUCAGUGCCCGUAACUCUCUGCCCAAGGUGGCGUAUGCCACAGCCAUGGACUGGUUCAUAGCAGUCUGUUAUGCCUUCGUCUUCUCUGCUCUUAUCGAGUUCGCUACCGUCAACUACUUCACCAAGAGGAGCUGGGCCUGGGAUGGGAAGAAAGCCAUGGAGGAUACGCGUAAGAAAAACCCUACGGCUCUGUCCAAGAAACCUAACAACACCUGUUCAGCUGGGGUCAGCUACACUCCCAACCUGACUAAGGACAAUGCCAUCCCCACCAUCUCCAACAGCGCAGACAUCCAGCUGAAACUGGCUGAGGUCAAGACCCCCGACCCCAAAAAGACUUACAACAGCGUCAGCAAGAUCGACAAGAUGUCCCGUAUAGUGUUUCCUGUUCUGUUUGGGACAUUCAACCUGGUUUACUGGGCUACGUACCUCAACAGGGAACCAGUGAUCAAAGGAGCUGUGAACCCCUAUACAUAG